AUGACCCAGAGGAGAGGUCAUUCGCGGCCCGCUGCUGUGGUCAGUCCGCACCGGCUGAACUUCCACCAAGUAGAUCAAGAAACGGAGAACCAAGCGGAUCAGGUCAAGGAGCUUGAAAUGAAGUUGAAAGAAAAAGAAGAGCAGGAGGAGAAGGUUAAAAGAGAAAUUGAUGGCUUGGAAGAUGACCUUAUGCGCAGUAUUUGUGCUGAACUUUAUAUAGAACCUACUGCGCUAAACUGCGGAAACAUGUUCUGCAAGCAGUGUAUCACUGAGUGCAGCAAGAACAAGAAGAUUUGUCCGAUGUGCCGAGCAAACAUUGUUACCACAGUGAGGAUCUUCAACAUGGACUCAAUGAUGCAGAUAAACAUUCGAUUGAUGUCGGAAGAAGCCCAGUCUCGACGAGAAGCGCUGAUUACUGAACGAAAGAAACGUAAGACACCACAAAAAAAAAAAAUCUUCAAAGAAAGGGCGCAGUGA